GUACGAAGCGAUUUUUGUACUUAUGACAUAAAAAUAGGUCUCAGUAUGUGUUUAUAAGUAUUUUAGGGCAUUCGAUGAUAUUAUAGAUUCAAAUUAGAGCAAAAUAUAAUAGAAUAGUGGUAAUAAUAUCGACGUCACAACGAAGUUCAAUCAACAAGAUGGCGGCGAGUGGGGAGAGGCCGCCCAGUUGGCCAGGUGCUGCCGCCGCGUCGAGUUCGGCGCUAUAGCUAACUAAAUAGGUACGCAGAGCAGAGUGUUGUACAUUUAGAACGUUCACAAUGGCUACCGCGAAAGACACGUCUACUUUCUUUCUGGAGGCAGAUGCAAAACAAUUUGACAGUGUUUUAAAGUUAUACCCACAAGCUAUCAAAUUGAAAGCGAAACAGAAAACAAAGAAACCAGAGGAGCUCUUAAAACUGGACAAUUGGUACCAGAAUGAAUUGCCAAAGAAAAUCAAAUCAAGGGGGAAAGAUGCUCACAUGGUGCACGAGGAACUUGUCAAGCUCAUGAAAUGGAAACAGGCCAGAGGGAAAUUUUAUCCACAAUUAUCAUAUCUCAUAAAAGUGAACACACCCAGAGCUGUGAUGCAGGAAACAAAGAAAGCAUUCAAGAAGUUGCCCAACAUAGAAUCGGCUAUGACGGCACUCAACAACCUGAAAGGAGUCGGCAUAGCUACAGCAUCAGCUCUCCUCACAGCUGCCCGGCCCGAGAUAGCACCCUUCAUGGCCGAUGAAUGUGUUCAGGCCAUACCAGAGAUGGAAGGAAGCGAUUACACUGCCAAGGAAUACCUCAAUUUUGUACAACAUAUACUGAACGUCUGUGAUAGAUUAAAUAAGGAACAAAACGGCUGCGGCAAGAAGUGGUCUCCUCACAGUGUGGAGUUGGCUCUCUGGACGCACCACGUCCUCUCUGAACUACAGCCCGAGCUGCUGGGGAAGCCGCCCCGCCACGAGUCACCGCUGCCCAGCGACGAGAGCAACCUCGAGCCGCCCACCAACGGAAACGGGAAACUGGUAUCAGUGACGGAGGACGGUGACGUCGCUUCAUGUACUGAGGACUCCCUCGACAAGCCCUCCCCCGCCUCCGCCUCCGACUGUGACUCAGCGCGCAGCACGCCACGACACAAACGACCGCUGGAGGAGGCCAGCUCGGCGGAGGACAGUUCUCUGGGCGAGUCGUCCGAGGCGGGGGACCCGAGACCCCUGAAGCGGGCCCGCGAGGCCUCCCACUGACCCCGACACACACUAAAUAGAUAAUUUAUUUCCGAUUCCGAUUAAUUUUAAUGAAACCUUAGCGCUAAGUUUUACCGGUUUUGUAAGUUUUAUAGGGUAUUCGGAUGACCUCCUCGUCCCCGAGAUCGCGUGACAUUCCAAUAGUUGUAUGCGUGAUGCGACUCACUCCAUUGCCUUAAGACAGUCUGCCCUCAGAGUUUAUGAACUAUAUAAUACAAAGGUCGUGUUACCGGGCCGCCGGGGCCGCCCGGGCCAGGGCCCACAAUGUAGUUUUUAUUGAACAAAAUAUAAGAUAUUAAUUUUAUAA